CCGCCGGGCUCCGCGCACCCACCGCCCCGGCAGAGCCGCCGCUCCCGGCGCAGACAGGCAGGGGAGGCUCCCGGCGGCCCCGCGGAGGAGGAAAACCGGCGCUUUCCAGGCACCGGGCGGAAAACUGAAAGAAAAACCGAGGAACGGGCGAAAGGCAAGGCAUCCAUCACCACCCGCCCCGCCGAGGCACCCUGCCUCCCGCGCCGGGUGCUGCCCCGGCGCUCCCCCGGCCCCGCCGCCGCCGCCCCACCGCUGACAUAGGGACACGCUGACUCCGGGGGUCCUCCCCCCGCCUUCCGAGGGCGCACUCCAGUCACUCGGCGAUUUUUUUCCUUAAAGGAAAGCCAUCCCGGCUCCUAAAAACCCACCGGCGGCGCUCAAAGCCAUCCCCCUGCCCGCUCCCCACCGAGCGCCGCUCGCUCCUGGUCCGGGGGUGAGCGGGAGGGGAGGCCCGAGGCCAUGGAGGUGGCCACCGACCAGCCUCGCUGGAUGGCCCACCACGCCGUGCUCAACGGGCAGCACCCCGAGAGCCACCAUCCCGGACUGGCUCACAACUACAUGGAACCAGCGCAGCUCCUACCUCCGGACGAAGUCGAUGUCUUCUUCAACCACCUGGACUCCCAGGGCAACCCUUACUACGCCAAUUCCGCCCAUGCCCGGGCCAGGGUCUCCUACAGCCAGGCACACGCCCGCCUGACCGGGAGUCAAAUGUGCCGGCCUCAUCUUAUCCACAGCCCCGGGAUCCCUUGGCUGGACAGCAGCAAGGCGGCACUGUCUGCCCAUCACCACAACCCCUGGACCGUCAACCCCUUCACCAAGACACCCCUGCACCCCUCGGCGGCCGGAGCCCCCGGGGCCAUCUCGGUGUACCCGGGCAGCAGCACCUCCAGCACCGCCUCCGUCUCCUCGCUCACCCCAGCCUCGCACUCGGGCUCCCACCUCUUCGGCUUCCCCCCGACCCCUCCCAAGGAAGUGUCCCCGGACCCCAACUCCACCAGCGCUGCCUCCCCUUCAUCCUCCGCCGGGGCCCGGCAGGAGGACAAAGACAGCAUCAAGUACCAAGUGUCGCUGUCGGAGGGGAUGAAGAUGGAGAGCGCCAGCCCGCUCCGAAGCAGCCUCACCAGCAUGGGGGCCCAGCCCUCCACCCACCACCCCAUUCCCACCUACCCUUCCUACGUGCCAGCUGCCCACGACUACAGCAGCAGCCUCUUCCACCCCAGCAGCUUCCUGGGGGGCCCCGCGUCCAGCUUCACCCCCAAGCCACGAAGCAAGGCCAGAUCCUGUUCGGAAGGCAGAGAGUGUGUGAACUGUGGAGCAACUGCUACCCCUCUCUGGAGAAGAGACGGCACCGGGCAUUACCUGUGUAACGCCUGCGGGCUCUACCACAAAAUGAAUGGUCAAAACCGACCUCUCAUUAAACCUAAGCGAAGGCUGUCAGCGGCUAGGAGAGCAGGGACUUGUUGUGCCAACUGUCAGACAACCACCACGACCUUAUGGCGACGUAACGCAAACGGGGACCCAGUUUGUAAUGCCUGUGGACUCUACUAUAAAUUGCACAAUGUGAACAGGCCUCUGACCAUGAAAAAGGAAGGAAUUCAGACCAGGAAUAGGAAAAUGUCCAACAAAUCAAAGAAAAGCAAGAAAGGCUCCGAGUGUUUUGAGGAACUGUCCAAGUGCAUGCAGGAGAAAUCGUCUCCCUUCAGCGCUGCUGCCCUUGCUAGUCACAUGGCGCCCAUGGGGCAUUUGCCACCUUUCAGCCACUCUGGACACAUCCUACCAACACCUACCCCCAUCCACCCAUCUUCCAGCAUCUCAUUUGGACAUCCGCACCCAUCCAGCAUGGUCACAGCCAUGGGAUAAAACCCGAUGACCAAGAGACCCACCCAGAGAUUAAGAACAUGCGGCUUUGCCUAAGAUGACACCAAGUAAGAAAAUGUUCUGCCGAGAGGAGAAUGUAGGGAUGGCAAAACGGGAUCUUUGCUCCCAUGUGGUUUAACUCUUAAUGCUGGACUAAAACCUCGCAAACGAUGGGUCUUCUGCAGAAAUGUGUAGUGGUGCCUGUAAUGCACUUUGCCCCCUCAGGUAUAAGGAAAAAGAACUCACCUGUUUGAUACUUAACGGUCCAGCAGGAAGCAAAAGGUGGCAGAAGCUGAAGGAAAAGGCUUGGAACUGGCUUUCCUUUCUCUCUUUGUUAUUACUGUGAAUAUUGUAAAGAGAUAUAAGCAGCCUCCCAGGAUAGAAUCGGCUUACUGGAAGCCAGACAUGCUGGAUUUCUAUCGUGGACUCUGUUUGGGAUGGGGAAAAAACAUAAAAAUAAAAAAAGGACAUCUUUAUAAAAAUGUAAUUUUUAAAAUGAAAUCAGACACAAAGUCAUAUUUAUUUUGCUCUUGUUUUCCACAAAAAGCCUCAACCUUCUGAUUGCAUGUUUUCGUGCUGUUGUUUGCAAUGUUAAGAAAACCUGCCUUCAAAACAAGCGGGGGAGAGGGGGGGAUUAGCUCCAUCUAUCUUCCAUACCAAAAUCUCUACUAGGAAGGGUGGAAAGACUGGGGAGGGAAAGAAAGCAAAAAUGUAGCUGUACGGGAUUUUAAUGUGCCCAAGAUGGUGAUUAUUUUGCCUCAAUUUCUUCAUUCUUCUCCCUAACAUGAAAGAUUUAUUUAAAAACAAAACAAAACAAAAACCAGCCCCCCCCUUCCAACUACCCUAGUAUUCCUCAAAACAGAGAGCUAGAUCAGACAAAUCGUUGGGGAAAAAAACUCUCGGGAAGGCAAUCCUGCGCUAGCGAGGGGUGAGAUACAGGCGUUUAUCACCAGUGUCACAGUUAACUUCUAGCACAGCAAAAAACCAUCGCAGGGCAUAAAAACAUCCAACUCGCAGACUUUCGAGGUUGAAGCAUUUUGUUCUGUUGUGUUGGCAGCUGUCGCUUAAAAAUGCAGAUUAGCUGCUUGGGUAAACUUACGGCAGUGUGGUGGCCACCACGUCCACACGCAGCCAGCCAGCGCGUGUACCGGCUCAGGCAUCCAGGCCCCGGUGGACUUCACAGGGAGGAAGGGCAGAAAAGAGGUUGAGAUCACUGGAGAGGGGAAAGAGAGAGAGACAAUCAGUUUGAGCUUCACACAUCCGUCAAACCCCCAGACACAACGACAGCUGAUGAGACGAGGGAAAGCAUCGUUCUAAUGGGAACGUCCGUUUUCCGUAGUGUAUUUUAUAUGAAAAAAAAAAAAAACCAGACAAAAAAAAGAAAAAAAAUGAAAUCUCCCAUUAUUAAACCAUACUGUACGUAAAUGACCGAAAACAAAGCUAUUACCAAUGUGAAGUGUAUUCUAUUGAUUGUUAUGAUCUGAUGCCUCUCGUGAACACAAGCUCCAGUAUAACAUACAGUGUACAUAUUUAGCUAUACUUCUGAUGAAAAAUGCCCCCAUGAACAGAGGGGUUUGAUAAUGUAAACCACGUAAGCUUAACUCUGUGACAAGCUUUUUAUUUUUUUUAAUUUUUAACUUUUUUGUUGUUGGGGUUUUUCUUUUUUUUUCUUUUUUUCUUUUUUUUUUUUUUUUGGAUCAAGCCAAUUGUAUCUUUACUGCAAAAGUCCUGCUUUAAAGAAAAAAACUGAAACAAAUAAAAAUGGAUGUACAUCAAAUUUUAUCCUAAAUAUGUAAUUCAAAUAUUUGAUAGUGAAUUAAGAACCAAGCAGCCAUGAAAAUCCUGCUUUCCUCCUUUUUCUGGUCUGCGUAGGCAUAUAGGUGCACUUUGUAAAGAAGUGGAAAUAAACGGGAAACUAAAUUGGUUGGGAGAAAUCAUAAGAAUUUUUAGUCUAGCGAGGUAAAAAAUUGGGUCCUUUUUACUUACUACUUUUUACAAUGGUACAGCUGUACAUUAUUUGUAUCCAACUCAAAUUUCUCUAGGAUUUGGGCAGGGGGGUGGGGAAAGGAUGUGGGUGGAAGACAGGGAUUACUGAUACAGUUGACAAAGUGCAAUAUAUUGUCAGUCACUGCAGCAUAGACAACAGCAGUUGAGAUUUAAAUUAUUUUGUACUUGUAUCAGCAUAAAAAAAUUCUGCAGUAUUUUCUGUUUUUAUUUUAUUUUUUUUAUUUUGCUUAUUUUUGGAUUAGUGAACUAAGUUAUUGUUAAUUAUGUACAACAUGUUUAUAUAUUGUCUGUAAAAAGUGUAUGCUUUCCUCAUAUUCCUUCAAGGUGAAUAUUGCUAAGAAUAAUAAAAUACCUUUUUUGUGAAA